GAUAACAUACCAGAAAAUUUCUGUACUUUUUGCGCCAAAGUCGCUCUAUAUAUAAAUCCACGCAAGUACAACCUACUAGUUAAGAUUUUGUUAACGUCGCGAUGUUAAGCAAAACCGUCUUUUUAGCACUCCUGGCCAUCUGCUCAGGAGUGGAAUUUCAGAUACAGAACACAGGCAACUUCGACAUUUGGGUUGGAAUCCUGGCCAACAGCGGCCUUCCUCAACUGAGAAACGGGGGUUUUGACCUACCAGCAGGACAAAAGGUUUCUGUACAAGCCCCCGAAAACUGGGGAGGCCAUUUCUGGGGUCGAACAGGCUGUAACCCAGGCACCAAACACUGCGACACCGGCGACUGUGGUAACAAGCUCGAAUGCAACGGUGCUGGAGGUGCACCCCCUGUAACUCUGGUGGAAAUCACCCUCAAAGGAGCAGGAGGAAAAGACUACUACGACGUUUCUUUAGUCGACGGUUUCAACAUCGUAGCUUCUAUCGAACCCAUCGGUGGUCAAGGUGACGGCAGCCAGUACAGCUGCAAGAAAGACGCUUGUUCGAAUCACGACAUAAUCAAUCAGUGUCCCGAUCCUUUGAAACUCAAGAACGGUCAAGGGACUGUCAUUGCUUGUAAGUCGGCUUGUAAUGCUUUUAAUACUGAUCAGUACUGUUGUCGCGGUGCUUAUGGUACUCCUGAUAAGUGUAAGUCGUCCACUUGGCCUGUGAAUUACCCGAAGUUCUUCAAGGAUCGGUGUCCUGAUGCCUACAGCUAUGCGUAUGAUGACCACAAGAGCCUUUUUACUUGCAAAGCCGAAACUUAUUUGAUCACGUUCGGUUAAAAGUGUUGUUCUGUAAUGACGUGGAAAAGCAAUAAUAAUUCAA